CAAUGGUUAGUUUUGACUGUGCUUAUUUGUGCCAUAAAAUAUUGAUCCUAAUUGGCAGCUAUUUGGGCUUUUAUAUCUACCGACCUCCAGUUUUUGAACUGUAGUCACUGAAUAAAGGGGUCCUGGCCUGAGAAGGCCCAUGCAUUCCUUCAACUGGAUGGGGAGCGGGGACAGUGACACCGGCGAUCUCGCGACUAGGAGGGAAUGUUGACCAGGGAGCACCGCUGCGGCCGAUCAGAGGAGCAGGAACCUGAGCCCGGGCUGAGUCCGAAAGAAGCCAGAUCCGGACGGUGGCUUCGGAACGGCUGUAAGUGGAAGAUGGAGGAGCCGGAGGAACCGGCGAACGGUGGGCAGUCGCUGCCCCCGGUUUACAUUUACAGUCCCGAGUAUGUUAGCCUGUGCGAUUCCCUGGCCAAAGUCCCCAAACGGGCCAGUAUGGUACAUUCCUUGAUUGAAGCAUAUGCACUGCAUAAGCAAAUGAGGAUAGUUAAGCCCAAAGUGGCCUCCAUGGAGGAGAUGGCCACUUUCCAUACCGAUGCCUAUCUGCAGCAUCUCCAGAAGGUCAGCCAAGAAGGAGAUGAUGAUCAUCCAGACUCCACAGAAUAUGGACUAGGUUAUGACUGCCCAGCCACUGAAGGAAUAUUUGACUGCGCAGCAGCUGUAGGAGGGGCUACAAUCACAGCUGCCCAGUGCCUGAUUGAUGGAAUGUGUAAAGUAGCGAUCAACUGGUCCGGAGGGUGGCAUCAUGCAAAGAAAGAUGAAGCAUCUGGUUUUUGUUAUCUCAACGAUGCUGUCCUGGGAAUAUUACGACUGCGACGGAAAUUUGACCGUAUUCUCUAUGUGGAUUUGGAUCUGCACCACGGAGAUGGUGUAGAAGAUGCCUUCAGUUUCACCUCCAAAGUCAUGACGGUUUCCCUGCACAAAUUCUCCCCAGGAUUUUUUCCAGGAACAGGUGACGUGUCUGAUGUCGGCCUAGGGAAGGGACGAUACUACAGUGUAAAUGUGCCCAUUCAGGAUGGCAUACAGGACGAGAAGUAUUACCACAUCUGCGAAAGUGUACUAAAGGAGGUGUACAUAGCCUUUAAUCCCAAAGCAGUGGUCUUACAGCUGGGAGCUGAUACAAUAGCUGGGGAUCCCAUGUGCUCCUUUAACAUGACUCCAGUGGGAAUUGGCAAAUGUCUUAAGUACAUCCUUCAAUGGCAAUUGGCAACGCUCAUUUUGGGAGGAGGAGGCUAUAACCUUGCCAACACGGCUCGAUGCUGGACAUACUUGACCGGGGUCAUCCUAGGGAAAACACUAUCCUCUGAGAUCCCAGAUCAUGAGAAAAGCUUCAUAGAAGUAGAAUCUAUAAACUGUUGGAAUGAGAAAAGAACAUUUAUUAAGCACCAAUUAUAUCCCAUUUUUUCACAGCAUAUGGUCCUGAUUAUGUGCUGGAAAUCACGCCAAGCUGCCGGCCAGACCGCAAUGAGCCCCACCGAGUCCAGCAAAUCCUCAACUACAUCAAAGAGCUUCUUGGAAGGACUUUGGAGCAGGAUUUUGGAAGCUACUCUGAGCCAGUUUGCAUGACUUCAGGGAAUCUGAAGCAUGUGGUCUAGUUGACAAAAAGAGAUCAGGUUUCCAGAGCCGAGGAGCAGUGCCUGUAAUGAAGACAGCGUGUUUAUGCGAGCAGUGUGUGGAAUUUGUGACUGCAGGGGGAAUUUGGAAGAAUUUUACUUCCUGAAAAUUUCCAAGGGGCACCAAGUGGCAACUGGCCUCCUGGGGUGAGGCAGGCAGGCACCCCAGAGGCCUCAACUAGACCUAGGGGAAGACAAAGAUUUCCAACAUUUAAAGUGUUUAUUUUUUAAAAACAUACAGAUGCUGUUUUUAAUCUUUGAAAAUUAUUUUUAAGCAAGCUGGGGAGGGGGUAUUUUUAUUUUCUUAAAGGACACAGAUCAGAAGCUGGAGGAAAACAUGGAGAUUUUGUUGCCAGUUUGUGGGGCAAGGGAGAGCUGAGAGGCAGGGUUGGGGCCUCAGAACCAUCCAGGUGGAGCCUUGGGGGAGGGGGGUUGGUCAGCAGACUGGGAGGUGGGGAGAAAUCCACCUGUGUGGUUUUCAGGAUUAUGGAUCUAUUUUGUUUUGUAAUAAAAUCUUUAAAAACCUA